AAGUGCUUGAUUGUUCUUGAUGAUGUGUGGAAUGAAGAUCAAGAUACAUGGGAGAAGUUGAAGUAUACCUUGCAAUGUGGAAGUGGAACUAAUGGUGCUUCGAUUCUGGUUACCACUCGACUUGAAAGUGUUGCUUCCAUCAUGGGAACAUUCCUGUUUCAUCACUUGUUACCUUUAUCUGAGGAUGAAAACUGGUUAUUUUUCAAACAAUAUGCAUUUGGUCGAGACAGGGAGGAGCAUCUGAGGUUGCAGCGUAGGCAUGAGUCCAUGCGAUCACACUUGAAGAAAGUAGUUUCCGGUUCUAUCAAGAUUCCCAACUUGCUUGAACUUUCAUAUUCAAGUUCACAUAUUUGAAGAAGUGUUUUGCUGUUAGUUUUGCAUUGAAGUACCACCUUCUCAUAUUUUGCCCGUCAAGCAAAGUGGCUCUGGACGAGCUUGCAACUCUUUGGGGCGUCCACUCGCAGAUUCAAGAGCUGUCAGGGAACCUUGCUGCAAUCCAUGCAGUGCUCCAAGAUGCUGAAGAGAAGCAGAUCAGAGAGCGUGCUGUGAAGCUUUGGCUGCAGAAGCUUUCAGAUGCAGCUCACGUGCUUGAUGAUAUCUUAGAUGAAUGUUCAAUAGAGUCCCACCGUCUACACAGUGAGCAGUGCUUAACUCGUCUUGAUCCUGUGACGAUUAUGUUUCGUCGAGACAUCGGUAAGAGGAUGAAAGAGAUGGUUGACAGGUUUCGUCAAAUUGAUGAAGAAAGGAGAAGGUUUGAGUUGCGUGGAAGAGUUCCAGAGAGGCAACAAGAAGAUGAAGCAUGGCGCCAGACAUGUUCUGGUAUCACUGAGCACAAUAUCUAUGGAAGGGAGCAAGACACAGAAAAUAUUGUGGAGUUUCUUUCAAGGAGUGCUGAUAGCAGUAACGACCUCUCUGUUUAUCCAAUUGUUGGCAUGGGGGGCCUUGGAAAAACAACACUUGUCCGAUGGGUUUACAAUGACAACAAGGUAAUUGAACAUUUCGAUCUGAGAAUUUGGGUUUGUGUUUCCACUGAAUUCAAUACCAUGAGAAUUCUAGAGUCCAUUGUGGAAUCUACAAGUGGACAUAACCCGAACCUCUCUACUUUAGAAGCACUGAAAAACAAAGUUCAAGAAAUACUGCUAGGCAAAAGGUAUUUACUUGUUCUAGACGAUAUGUGGAGCACGGACAAAUGGGAGGACUUGAAGUCUGUUUUGCUUUGCGGUGGUGGAACAAAAGGUGCUGCAAUUUUGGUCACUACCCGAGUUGAGAGUGUUGCAUCUCUCAUGGGAACAUGCCCUGCUCAUCACUUGUCACCAUUAUCCGAGGAUGACAAUUGGUUAUUGUUCAAAUACCAUGCAUUUGGAUCAGACAAAGUGGAGCGCACAGAGCUUGUGGCAAUAGGCAAGGAGAUUGUAAAGAAAUGUGGUGGUUCCCCUCUUGCAUCUAAAGCACUUGGAAGCCUUUUGCGCAAUAAAAAAGAGGAAAUACAGUGGGUGAAUAUAUUGGAAAGUAAGUUUUGGGACAUACUUGAGGAUGAUGCUAUUAUUGUACGUGCUUUGAAAAUCAGCUACUUCAAUUUGAAGUUGUCAUUAAGACAAUGCUUUGCUUUUUGUGCCAUUUUCCCCGAAGAUUUUCGAAUGGAAAAGGAGCAACUUAUUCAUCUUUGGAUGGCCAAUGGUUUGAUCAAAUCCAAAGGGAAGUUGGAGAUUGAGGAUGUUGGUAAUGAGGCGUGGGAGGAAUUAUGCCAGAGAUCAUUUUUCCAAGAAGUUGAGAUUGAUGAAUUGGGAAGAACUACAUUCAAGAUGCAUGAUUUAUUUCAUGAACUUGCCCAAUCCAUAAUGGGAGAAGAGUGCAGAGUUUAUGAUGAGUCUGCAAGCUUGACCAAUUUGUCUACAAGGGUCCAUCAUGUCACUUGUUUAAAACCAGAGACGGAGGUAAACAUGGAUCCCUUCAAGAAAGCUGAGUCCUUGAGGAGUAUGAUUAAUCUUCUUCCAUUAGAUGAUCACAAUCUUUGUGGGUUGCCACCAUUCAAUUCUCUCCGUGCACUACGUACAAAUGCAUCUCAACUCUCAGCACUGAAGAGUUUAACGCAUUUGAGGUACCUAAAUCUGCGUAGGAGUGGUAUCACAACACUGCCUGAAUGUGUUUCGAGGUUACAAAAAUUGCAGAUUCUGAAGUUAGAAGACUGUCUCUAUCUUUCUUGUUUGCCCAAACACGUAACACAAUUGAAGGAUCUUAGACAUCUCCUAAUUGAAGAAUGUCAUUCAUUAGUAGAGAUGCCUCCGAAUAUUGGCGAGUUGAAAUGUUUGAGAACAUUGAAUCUUUUUAUUGUGGAUAAAAAGGCAGGGUAUGGGUUGUCAGAGUUACGUGAUUUACAGCUUGGAGGCAAACUACACAUCAAGGGGAUUGAAAAUGUCAUAAACGAGGGUGAUGCUAGAGAUGCUAAUUUGAGUGCUAAGAAGAACAUGGAAAACUUAUACCUGUCAUGGGGCUCCUCUGAUUCAAGGUGUGGUGCCAAUGCUGAGAGAAUACUUGAAGCCCUUGAGCCUCCCUCCAAUCUCAAGAGUUUUGGGAUAAAUGGUUACAGCGGAGUAGAGUUGCCUAGCUGGAUGCAAAAUACUUCAAUUCUUUCCAGCUUAGUUAUGGUGAUACUCUAUGAUUGCAAGAACUGCAAGCACCUUCCCCCGCUUGGUAAACUACCACAUUUAACCGUUCUUUAUGUAUCUGGAAUGAAAGAUGUGAAGUACAUCGAUGAGGACUCGUAUGAUGGCGUGGAUGAGAAGGCAUUCAAAUCGUUGAAGGACCUGACCUUAUCAAAGUUGCCAAACUUGGAAGGGAUGGUACAAGACAAAAGAGUAGAAAUGCUUCCGCUUCUUUCUAGCAUAAACGUUUCUUGUGUUCCUAAGAUUAAAUUGCCACUCCUUCCAUCUCUAGAGCACAUUUGUAUUGAAGGAACAGAGUCAGACUCUGAUCAUGGUGAUAGCGAAGACAUGGCUUUGUCUUUCCCGGAAGCUAUUGUGGAGAAUAUGCAUCGUGUUAAGGUCCUCCAUAUUAAACACUUUCCUACACUCAAGGCAUUACCCCAUGAACUAGGCAGCCUCAAUUCACUACAAGAGUUAAAACUCUACUAUUUUGAUAGACUCGAGUCUUUUUCAGAGAACGUGGUGCAAGGUUUGGGUUCACUUCGAACUUUGAUUAUUGGUUGUUGUAAGGAACUGAAAUCUUUGUCUGAAGGUGUGAGACAUCUAACUUGUCUGGAGCGCCUUGAUAUCAUAUACUGUCCAAAGCUGGUGACUCUACCGAGUAGCAUGAAUCAGCUAGUUUCCCUUCGACAUAGUUACAUCAAUUCUUGUGAUACAUUGCCAGAAGGCUUACAACAUGUCCCUUCCCUCCAAAGUUUGGAUGUGCGUAACUUACGUUCAAUUCCUGAGUGGCUGGGGGACUUAACUUCUCUUCAAAAGUUACAUCUCUACUGUAAGGGGUUAAGGUCACUGCCCAGUAGCUUCCGAAACCUGACAAACUUGCGUGAGCUAUCUAUUUAUGGGUGCCAUAAGGAGCUGCAGAAGCGAUGCACCAGAGUAACAGGACAGGAUUGGCAAGCCAUUGCUCAUAUCCCACAAUUCAAACUGGUUCCCAUUCAUGAAGAAACAUUUUCUGAUAAAAUCAGAUCUAAAUGGAGAUCGUGGCAGCUAAAAAGAGACCAACGUCGUCAUCAUUUUGCUAAAGCUGAUACAUUUGACUAUCUGGUUUCAAGGCUCUUUCAUUGGUACAAAAUGUGAAAAUGGAUGAUGAUUGAACCCUGAUCCUGAGGUCAGGAACAAGUAAAUAGAACUCCAACUUGCACCUGUGUCGAGAAUUUUGUUCCAAACAGAAUAUAUGGAAUAUAAGAAGAGCGAGACAUAAUUAUGUCACUUUACAUAUAAAAAAUGCUAUGUAUAUACCAAAAGCAGCUAUUAUAUAUUUGUGUAUAAAUAUGUGUUGUGUAACUCAUUUUCAAGGUAUAUUUUGUAUUUCAGAAUAUAUUUUAUACUAACUGCUGAUUUUUGUAGCUGAUUUCGGGAUAUACCUAGCUUGGUUGCUUUGCAGAAUUAUCAUUUUAACGAAAUGGCUGAGAAAAUGAGAAACAUGCAUAUAGAACUGUCCUGUAUUUACUUGAAAAGAAGAAGAUAGGUAUCCUAAAAAGAUAGUAUAUUUUCAAGCUAACAUCCAAAAACUGCAAUCGAAGAAUUUGUUUAUUCCAUAGAGCGAGAUAUUGUAAACAAGAGAUACGAAUAUUCUUAGCUUCUAACUAUGGAAAAGGGAAGGAAGACCAUGUCUAAAUUCUUGUAUUCUUAGCUUGGAACCAGAGAAA